GUAUGUUAAUUUUAAAUUUUAAAUUUUAAAGUUCAAAAUGAGUGGUUCUGGAAAAAGUCUCCUUGGUCUUUGGCUUUACCGAACUGGAGAAGAUUGGACUCUGAGAGAGGCAUCUCAAACAGCUCCGAGACCUACAGUGAGUGGUCGACCAGAUCAGACAAAAUUUGAUACAAAGAACUCUGUAAUAUUCUCAUUGAAAAAUCGAGUCGGUGGACUUGCUCAAGCACUUCAAGUUUUUCAAGAUUUAGGUGUAAAUGUGUUGCACAUUGAAUCUAGACCAUCUCGCCGUAGAGAAUCGGAAUUCGAAAUUCUGGUAGACGUGGAGUGUGACAAUAAAAAAAUGGAGCAGUUGACUGGGAUGUUGAAGCGUGAGGUUGCAGCUAUAAAUUUAGCAACGUACGAGAGUGGUGCCGAAGUGCCACCUCCUACUCCGAUGUCAGCUACGGCUAGUUUUGAUUUUUCAGAGUUUGAGCUUCCGUGGUUUCCGAAAAAAAUUUCUGAUUUGGACAAAGCUCAACGAGUACUGAUGUAUGGAACAGAGUUAGAUGCUGACCAUCCAGGAUUUAAAGAUCCGGUGUAUCGAAAAAGGCGUGUAGAAUUCGCACACAUAGCGAACUCUUAUAAAUAUGGACAUCCAAUACCAAGAGUUCAGUACACGCCUGAAGAAAUCAAGACUUGGUGCGUGAAUUUCCGUUUGAAUUUUCUUAUCAAUUAAAAAUCUACAGUGUAUUAAUUAAUAGGAAAGUCUGUAACCAUUUUUAUACUUUUUUGGAAAUCAUAAAAGAAUUGUCAACGCAUUUCUAAAUUUUCUUUUUAUAUACCAUGGUUAAAGCCAAAGAAAGGCCUUUCGUCAUAUUUUACUAAAAUAAAAAAAAAGCCAUUUUUAAUAUUCGUACUACGUCAUAAACUAGGGUUAUUGAUUUUGCGAUAUCAAUAGUCUAGGAAACCCUCUGUGUUUAUGAAAAAUGUACGCUAUAUUGCACUGUCUAAGACAUUGCGGUAAUAAAAGUGUAUUUAAUUUCGAUCAGAACAAAAUAUUUUGGACCGUAUUUUUCUUCUCGCAUUACUAUACGUAUCCUGAUCUGUUUAUUUUUCAAAUAAGUUAUUCAUCGGCAGAGUUCUCGUUCGGUGGUUAACCUGCUCAGUCGGUAAUUAAUCCGAUUAUCUCGAAUAAACGUCGGGUAGUUCAAAGUCGUAUAGACACCGAUAUUCAAACGGUUAUUGAGUUAUCCGGAUACAGCGCAUUUACGUCUGCGCUUUCAUACGACAAUAAUAACAUAUAAGCACCUUUACUGCGAAAAUCAACUUGAUUAUUGUUGCGUAUACAAGCGAAUGCGCACGUAUGCAUUUUAUGAAUACUCGCAUUGAUAAUUUAAUUGAAUCUACAAAACUGUCAAGACGUAAUGAAGGGAAUUUAAUCCUGCGAACAGGAUACGGCGAGCGAUCCAAUAGAGUCUGACCGUCUGUAUAUGAAAUGUCGCCGUUAAUAAUCACGUCAAAAACAAUUUUCUUUGGUGAAAUCGA